UUUUGUCAACAAACCGAUUUGAUUGUGUAACAGUUUUAGUCCUUUCUCAAUGUAUUUUAUUUAAUGAUUGUUUUGUUAAUUUAAGUUAAUUUGUUUUAAUUAUUGACCAUUGGUCAUCAUAAUGUCUACAGCAUGUAUAACCAAUAGGCUAAGUUUAAUUGGUCUCGCUGUGAGACAUGUUAAUCGUUUCAAAUGUGAUAAAAAAUUUGUACCACUAAUCAGCUGUUCACCUUGUAUUUUAUGUGAAAAAAUUUCCAUUUCUCAUUUUAGUGAUUCUAUUAAAAAUGGUCCAUCAGAUUCAAUUAAAUCUUCAUCUUCUUCAACAUCAUCUCCAUCAAAUGAUUCGGAAAAAGAAAAUGAAACCAAAGAGGUUAAACCAAUUUUCUCAGAACCAGUUAUAAAAGUUAUUCCUAAAGCAAAGGAGAGAAAGAAAUUGGACUUGACUCAGGCAACAACAGAACGUAAUUUUGUUACACCAGUGAGAGCAAUGAAUGAAUAUCUAUUGAAACCAUUGGAUUUACAAGAUUUGAGGAAAUUUAUCCGACGAAGUCCAUUUGAAGACACCCCACCGUUGACCGUUUAUUUGAGGAGGGAUGUUGAGGCGAGAGCUUUACAAAUAUGGGGCAGUAUCGAAGUUCUUGAAAAGGAGAGGAAAAAAAGGAAACAAAUAGAAGCUGAUGCCAGGGAAUCAAUUCUCAAUGUUAAACGGAUUCUUAAAGAUUAUCGUCGUCUUAAUGAUCCAGUUGCCCAAGAACGUGAUUUAUCCUUACGAGAAAGUGGCCAUGUUGUUUGGACAGCGGUCGUAAUUAACUCAACAAAUUUUCUACUCAAAACAAUGGCCUGGUUCCAUACUGGAUCACAUUCUCUAUUCGCUGAAGCCAUUCAUUCCCUAGCUGAUACAGUUAAUCAGCUAAUCCUUUACUUUGGAAUAAGAAAAUCAAUUCAACGACCAAAUGCUGAGCAUCCUUAUGGUUAUCAUUCAGCUCAAUAUAUCGCAUCUCUCAUUUCUGGAGUUGGUAUUUUCUGUGUUGGUUCUGGUCUUUCAUUUUAUCAUGGGAUGCAAGGGAUUCUUCAUCCAGAGACAUUUCAAUCAUUUUAUUGGGCUUAUCUCAUUCUCUUUGGAUCACUUUUAUCUGAAAGUGCUACUCUAAUUGUCGCCUUCAAAGGAUUAAAUAAAGGAGCUCAAAGAGCUGGAACUACAAUGAAAGAUUACAUUCUUCGAGGUCAAGAUCCAAGUAUCAAUGUUGUUUUAUUGGAAGACACUGCUGCCGUUUUGGGUGUUGCUAUCGCCGGGGGUAUGAUGGGAUUAACUGCUUACACAGGUAAUCCACUUUAUGAUGCAGUUGGAUCACUUCUAGUCAGCGGAUUACUGGCCUCAGUGGCCUCGUUCAUUAUUUACACCAAUAGUGGUGCUUUGGUUGGUCGAUCAAUUCCUAAUUAUAAAUUGGAUGCAAUCAAUAAGAUGAUGGAAAGUGAUGUUAUGAUAAGAGCGAUUCAUGAUGUAAAAGCGACUGAUCUGGGUAACGGGAUGGUCCGUUAUAAGGCCGAAGUUGAUAUUGAUGGUAGACAAUUAACUCGACACUAUCUGGAUGCUAUUGAUUUAGAAGCGGUUCUUCAAGAAAUGCAAGAAUUGAAAAACAUCGAUCAGGUUGAAACGUUUUUCCUUAAACAUGGUGAAAAUAUUGUCGAUCUUCUUGGAGCUGAAAUCGAUCGAGUUGAGAAAGAAUUAAAAAAAAAACAUCCUCAACUUCGUCAUGUAGAUCUGGAAGUUUUGUAAUUAAAGUAAAUUAUCAUUGGAAUACUUUCAUUUCCUAAGUCAGUUCCAAAAAUUAACGGAUUGAUGUUAUUAUAAACGUUAAACAUUCAAUUUAAAAUGAUUUAAUUUGAAUCCUCACAUUAUUUGCUAUAAUUAUAUAUUCUUAAUACGAUUUAAUUAAUAGCAUUUAAGCUAAUUAUGUAUCAAGUUCACUCUUAACUCGCAAUCUGCAUCAAAUGUUCAAUAAUCAAUUACAAUUAAAAGCAAAAAAUAUUUCGUUUCA